GGAGGAGAGAAGACACACACACCGCCUCCACCAUCACACAAUUAUGGGUUCCUCUCUUCUCAUCCUCUUCUUCUCUCUGGUUCUUCUUCACCUACCUUUUGCUUGCAAUGCAAAUCUCCAUAAAACAAAUCGUUUCAGAUCAGAGCUCCUUUCUCAGUCCUAUCCGAAAGUUGCCCCCGUCACUCGUUUCUUCGAAGUAACAAAACCCAUUGAACCACCCAAAACAAAACCCUGUUCUUACCUCAUCCUUCAACAUGAUUUCGGCUACACAUAUGCUAAGCCGCCUGUUCUCGCUGAAUACAAGCCCCCAUCGGAUUGCCCAUCUCAGGAUUUCUCCAAAAUCGUCUUCGAAUGGAAAGCAACCUGUGAAGGGAGACAAUUCGAUCGCAUUUUUGGUGUUUGGUUGGGCGGUGUUGAGAUCUUCCGCAGUUGCACUGCAGAGCCUAGACCCACCGGGAUCGUCUGGACUGUCAAGAAGGACAUUACGAGGUACUCUUCAUUGCUUAAGAAUCCUCAAACAGUUGCUGUUUAUCUGGGUAACCUUGUUGAUAAAACCUACACUGGAAUCUACCAUGUCAAUGUAACAUUCCAUUUCUAUCCUGCGGAAGUACCCCAAAAUCCCAAUAAGCGAAAUUCUGCGAAUUCCGUUUCUGGGUUUAAUUCUCCUGCCGAUUUGGUGCUACCCAUCUCGCGAGAUCUUCCUCUGAAUGAUGGAUUGUGGUUUUUGAUUGAGAAUUCGACGGAUGUCCAGAAGAAGAAGUUCAUGAUUCCUCGAAAUGCCUAUCGAGCUGUUUUGGAGGUGUAUGUUUCGUUCCAUUCGAAUGAUGAAUUUUGGUAUACUAAUCCUCCCAAUGACUAUAUUGAAGCAAACAAUCUAACAAAUGUGGCUGGAAAUGGCCCUUUUAGGGAGGUUGUAGUUACUCUCAAUGAAGGGGUUGUUGGUGCUGUCUGGCCUUUCACAGUGAUCUAUACUGGAGGAAUCAAUCCUCUCCUUUGGAGGCCCAUCACUGGGAUAGGCUCUUUCAACCUCCCUUCAUAUGACAUUGAAAUUACGCCAUUCCUCGGUAAGAUUUUGGAUGGGGAUCACCACAACUUUGGGUUUAGUGUAACAAAUGCUCUCGAUGUAUGGUUUAUAGAUGCAAAUUUGCAUCUCUGGUUGGAUAGUAAGAGCGAGAGAACUGAGGGCAAUCUCAUUAAACACAAAAGCCCUCGUCCUCUAGUCUCUCUGGUUUCACAAUUUAAUGGUCUCAAUGGAUCUUUUCUUAUCAGUGCGAGUAGGUCUAUUCUGACAUCAGGAUGGGUGAAAUCCUCCCAUGGGAAGAUCACAACUUAUUCGAUUCAAGAUUUUAGUUUCAGGAACUCAAUGGAGAUGAAAGAGAAUUUCAAUGUGCAGAUUGUGAAUCAAACAAUUGAAGCCAACAGCAGUGUUUAUGCGAAGCUCCCUUCUUCUUUAAUGUAUUCUAUGGAAUCAAUGCAGAGGUUUAAUAUUUAUUUGUAUUCAGGCAACGUGGAACAAGGGAAUGACAGUUAUGCUUCAGUUGCAAACCUCUCAUUGGGAUUUAAUGAAGAUAGAUUUUCUGGUACCAGAUUUAAUUUCUCUACCAGUUCGCUCAGAAACUUGCAGACCGGACAGAGUAAUAUGAUUGUGAAGGGAAACUUGGUAGUUAGUGGUUUAGGAACUACUCAGCAAGCAUAUGCAUUUGAUAGUAAUGAAGAUUGCUACCUCAGGAAUGUGAGCAGUAAAAACUACACUGUUCUUUAUGAUGAAAAAAGAGACAUUUGCGACAGAAAAUCUUCGCCUGGCUUAAGCUUUAAGUUGAGUAGAUGGUGGCCUUUUUCUGCUAGGAGGGAAUUUCUAACAUCUAAAUCACAUGGUCAAAGGGGGCUGUUAGGUUCAGCUGAUGUUCUGCUUGCUCAAUAAGUUAUGAAUUUCUGACUCCAUAUCUUAAAGGGGUUUUGGGCAGUGACUGCAUAAUAAUAAGUAUCUAAGAGUGAUAAUCAGGAAUAAUUACUUUCCUUGGAUAUAUGUAGUUUAGUCUCAUGUAUUUGCUUUAAACUCGCUUGUUUAGUUUUUAAUGGCAGUGAUGAUUAUUUGUUUCUUUUAGUCCAUCAUUGUACCCCAAGUUUUUGAAAUUUCUGCUAAACAUUACUAUGGUACAUUGUUCUCUAUAUUUGCCAUGUUCUAAUAUACUGGACCUAAAACUUCAGUUUA